AUGUUGCAGCAGACAAAUACGUUGCAUGUAGCGAUUCGAGCUGCCAGUGACUUGACCGCCACGUUCUCUGCCUCAGUAUUUGGAACACAGCCUCCGUCAUCAUUAACGUGUGGGGAACCUGGAUCAAAUCAGGUGCAGUUCUUCCUGGAUCCAUUUGAAGACAAAGAAUGUGCUGGAGCCGACUUUAUUCUGGUUUUUAUGAUGUCUGUGGUCAUUUUUGUUCUUACAUGGUGGGGGAGAUGGUUUAUUUGGGAACCACUCGCAGAUCUGAGAAUCAGUGGCUCAAAGAAACACUUUGACCCUUCAGUGAAGAAGCGAUUUGGGGUUACAUUGACGUCGAUAAUUGUGCACGUAUGUUCCGCAUUCUUUGUAUUCAGAAUUCUUGUCCCAACGGAAUGGUUAUACAAGCCCUCUUGCUGGGUUGACAAUAUUGACGAUGAUACGAUUGAUGCGGACUUGAAAUUUUACUACCUGCUAUACCUCGCUCGGUACUGCUCCGAUUCCGUAUCAAUACUGUUCGAAGAAAGAAGGAAGGACCAAUUCUUGCAAAUGGUAUAUCAUCAUGCUGUCACAAUAGGAUUGGUAGUGUGUUCCAUAAACGCUAGAUACACGCGGUUUGGCGGCGUCAUCAUGUUCUUCUUCGACUGGGCCGACAUUCCAUUACAAUGCGCGAAAGCCUCCAAGUAUCUGUCCGUCGAACCCAAGGACUUUUACAAUUAUGUUGCCAACCGACUAUUUGAGCUGUUUGCGAUAACUUAUUUUUUGACUCGCAACUGCAUGUUCAACUUUGUGGUGUACACGGCACUCAGGGAUCUUCCAGACACAUCGAGCGGUGCGACAGCGCGAAUACUGCUGGUCAUGUUGGCUGCCAUACAAACAUUUUGGUUGACGCUAUUGAUCAAGGCAGUGAAGAAACAAAUCGCAAAUGGAGGCAACGUGGAAGACAUUCGAGAGGAGGAUAAAAAGAAAUUCGAAUGA